UGGCUGGGCAGCCGGGCAGCCGGACAGAGUUUGUUGUCCUCCGACUUUGGUAAAGGGAAGCGAACGCGGCGGUUGGUACUGGCUUCGUCUUCCUUAUCCAAGCCUGCUGCGAGUCCAACUGGGCCGGACACAAAGAGCUGCUGCGCUGAGGAGGGUUUUGUUCGGUCACAUGAAACGGCCUAGCCAGUGAACGUGGAGCGGGGAGAUGCCGCUGGCCGCUGAGGAGGAACUUCAGGUUGAUGAAUGUCAAGAUGUGAAAGAAUUUGGGCAGUAGAAUUUUGCUGCUUUAGCGUAGGUUUGUAUUGGAUCCAGGGUUGCAGCUUGAAGGGGAAUAAACAUAGCAUAAAUGUGCUUAAUGGGCAGAGCAAACCAGCAGUAUGGAUGAAACAGAGAUCAAUACUCAGAUCACUGGUGCUAAAGAAGGACUUCUAGAUGAUAGCAACUCUGAAAAGAAGAGCAGCAUUCUCAAAUCACAAGAAUGUGAAACGUCAUUUCAGAAAAAUACAUUAGCUCUGCCUGAAGAGUUAUCAAGGGACAAGUCUGAAAAAGCCUUAAGUGGAGGCCAAAUGUCUCUGUUUAUACACUCUAGUGCUCCUACUGUUUCAACUGAAAAUUUUAUUCUGCCUACAGGAACUGUUGUUAAUGGACCAGUUUCACACUCCACUUCCAUUAUGAAAAAAGGCAGCCUUUCAUUAACCACUGCACAAACUGUGGGCCAUCAGGCAGAUUCUUGCUCAACUGUGACGGUGGUACAUGAUUGCCAACUUCCCACAAAGACUUCGACCCAAAAUUCAAGUCAGCACCAACUUUUGUUUUUGUUACCUGAAGCAGCACAUGCUAAGAACCUAACACAUUCCAUAAAAAAUCUACCUCCCUCUGCUUCUGUUGCUUGUGACAUACAGCCAUCUAUAGGAAAAAGCAUAAAAUCAGAUAGCACUUUAGUCAGCCAAGUAGAAGCGUGUGAGGAUAGCAAAAGUUUGCUAGAAAAAGAUGGUAGUAACAAAUCAUUGACAGGCACAUCCUCAGGUACAGGUGACUUUGGAACUGAAAGUGAUACAAACUGGGAUCCACAGAAGGAGUUUAUAGAAUUUCUCAUGACAAGUGAAGAAACGGUAGAGAAGUCACCAGUUCAGCCUAAAAUGGGUGUACAAAAAAGGAGAAAAAGAAAGAUGGAUGUUAGCAAAAUAACACGUUAUACUGAGGACUGUUUUAAUGAAUCAAAUUAUAUUCAUGACAACUCAGAAUCACUAGAUGUUGAAUUUUUGGAGCAGAGUGAGAAUCUACAAGUAAUAGAAUCGCAGAAAUAUUCAUUAGCAAAAGUGAAGCCUGAAUCAACAGAUGAGGAAUUGGAAGUUGUGGAUGCCAUCCAACAAUUAAUUUAUAAUCCAAGUAAUAAAUGUGCAGAUGAUACUUCUCCUGUUCACACUAGCACUUUUCUUUCUAAUACUCUGUUAAACAAAUGUGAACAAGAUGAUUUGGAAUCACCAUCUAAUUUCAGUACUGAUGAGCCAUCAUUUUAUCCCUGUACAAAGUGCAAUGUGAAUUUUAGGGAAAAGAAGCACCUGCACAGGCACAUGAUGUAUCAUUUGGAUGGCAAUAGUCACUUUCGUCAUUUAAAUGUUCCAAGGCCUUAUGCAUGUAGGGAAUGUGGCCGGACCUUUCGAGACCGUAAUUCCCUUCUUAAACAUAUGAUAAUUCACCAGGAAAGAAGACAGAAACUGAUGGAGGAAAUUCGUGAAUUGAAAGAACUUCAGGAUGAGGGUAGGAGUGCACGGUUACAGUGUCCACAAUGUGUAUUUGGUACCAAUUGUCCCAAAACCUUUGUGCAGCAUGCUAAAACCCAUGAGAAAGAUAAAAGGUACUACUGCUGUGAAGAAUGUAACUUUAUGGCAGUGACAGAGAAUGAGCUUGAAUGUCAUCGAGGGAUUGCCCAUGGUGCAGUGGUGAAAUGUUCAAUGAUCACUACAGAUAUAUCCCAGAGAAAAAUACAGAAGAAGGCAUUAGUGAAAGAUUCCUACAUGGAAUCAUCAAAAAAGUCAGCUGACUAUAUGUGCAAAAUGUGUCCAUUUACUACAUCAGCCAGAAGCAUUUUAAAAAAACAUAUGGAAUAUUUGCAUCCAACAUCAUGCAUAGAUCCUUUUGGUAGCCGUCUUAGACUAGAAAAAAGAAAAAGUCACAUUAUAGAAGAACCUUUAGAAUUUGUUAGCAGGACUAAACAUUUAAUCAAACAAUCAUCUGCCUUUCCAAAGAACUCUGUUUUAAAACAAGAUAUAAAAAGACCAUUUGGCUCUGCAUUCCAGUCAAGUAACUUUGCAAAACUUCACAGGAGACCCCCCAGGAUACAGAAGGCUCGGAAAAGCGUUGCACAGUCAGCUGUAAGUGUGUAUGGUCAAAGCUCUACAGACAAGCCUAUUUUGUAUAGAAAUAGCACUGGCCAAAAAUCUAAAUAUUUGCAUCAUGCAGAAAAGCAAAAGGCUAGUGUCAAAGCUAACAGUAAUUAUUUAUAUAGAUACAAACAUGAAAAGCAUGGGAUUAAAAAAUCUAGCAGCCCUUAUCUUUUACAUUUAAAAAGGGAAGCUACAAGAUCUGUCAGGUCCUUACCUUUAUUGUCUUCAAAUAAUUCUCAUGGUAGAUUUAUUAUGGAUUCUCUAAAUUAUGAUGCAAAAAGACCAGGAAUCUAUAAAGAUAAGCAUGUAACUGUAAAAAGAUUGGUUAAAAGACCAAAAAGGGAAGGCUCUGUAACAGGAGAUGAUUUGGACAGUUAUCCAGACUUUCUACAUAAAAUGACUGUUGUUGUUUUGCAGAAACUUGCUGGGAAAAAAGACAGCUAUGAAACGGAGGAUGAAAGUUCAUGGGAUAAUGUUGAACUGUAUGAUUACACUACACGGUCUGUGGAGGAUGAUUCUUACAGUGAUAUUAAUCAGGAGCAUGUAAACCUGUUCCCUUUAUUUAAAGGUAAAAUGGAAGAAGAAACUGGUGGUAAAUCCUCUCUUAGAUAUGAGCAAAAUGAUGGAUUUUAUUUUGAGUAUUAUGAAGAUGGCGAAAGUAGCAAUUAUCUGCAUGAUUUUCAAGAUCCUCAUAAUUUAGAAAACAUAGGCACAACAUUGCCAAAGCAUAACUCUGUUUUCCAUUGGACUGACUUAUCACUUGAGAAAAAAAACUGUCCAUAUUGUCCAGCAACUUUUGAAACAGGUGUUGGAUUGUCUAAUCACGUCCGCGGGCAUCUUCACAGAGCUGGGUUAAGCUAUGAAGCCCGUCAUGUUGUCUCACCUGAGCAGAUAGCAACAAGCGACAAAAUGCAGCAUUUCAAAAGAACUGUAACAGGAACCCCUGUUAAACGAGUUAGAAAAGCUAUUGAGAAAUCAGAAAGUUCUUCAGAACAUACAUGCCAGCUCUGUGGAGGUUGGUUUGACACUAAAAUAGGAUUAUCUAAUCAUGUUCGAGGACACCUAAAAAGGCUUGGUAAAACCAAAUGGGAUGCACACAAAUCUCCAAUCUGCGUUCUAAAUGAGAUGAUGCAAAAUGAAGAAAAAUAUGAAAAAAUCCUGAAGGCAUUGAACAGUCGGCGUAUUAUUCCCAGACCAUUUGUUGCUCAGAAACUUUCAUCAAAUGAUGAGUUUUUAUCUCAAAAUGUUAUACCUCUUGAAGCAUACCGCAAUGGCCUAAAGACUGAAGAUAUAUCUGUAUCUGCAUCAGAGGAAGAAGGGCUGAGUUUCCUCAAUGAAUGUGAUGAAGCAAAAUCAGUACUACAUGAUGACAAAAAAAAUCAGUCAGUCACACUGAUAGAACUUUUGAAAAAUAAAAGGUUAGGAGAAGAAAGAAAUCCUGAUACCUCUCCUCAAAAGAUCCAUAAUCAAACUGCAAGAAAGAGGUUUGUUCAAAAAUGUGUUCUUCCAUUAGAUGAAGACAGUCCUUUGAUGUAUCAGCCACAAAAAAUGGACUUGACUAUGCAGUCAGGUAUGCCUGUGAAGCUUAGAACGUGUGUGCAUUGCAAUACGGCGUUUACAAGUGCUGUUAGCCUGUCCAACCACUUACGCGCUUAUGCACGAAAGAAGAGUGCUGGACUUUUGACUGGGACAGCCAUAGAUUGUAAGCAAAAAAAAUCAAGAUCAAGAUCUGGGAGCAAGAAAAAAAUUCUGCCAUUACCUCAUGGUGCUGAUGAAGUUUACAUACUCCGGUGCAGGUUUUGUGGUCUGGUAUUUCGGGGACCCUUGUCUGUUCAAGAAGACUGGAUAAAGCACCUGCAACGUCACAUUGUCAAUGCAAAUCUUCCUCGGACUGGGGCUGGCAUGGUGGAAGUAACAUCACUGCUUAAAAAACCUGCCUCAAUUACUGAAACUUCAUUUUCUUUCCUGAUGGCGGAAGCAGCUUCAUAGAAUAUGGAAACACUUCACAUUGCAUUGAAUGAACAUAUGAAAUACCUUUGUUAGUUUUUUUAAAGUUAAAAUAAAUUAUCUGUUUAUAAAAUCUGAAGCCGGAAAAUGGUAAGAAGAGUGACAGUUAACAUCCAAACAAUUGAGUACUUUAAACAGUUACCGUAAGUAGUCUUUAUAUUUUCUAUAGGGUGGAAGAUGUGUUUUUAAAGUUUACUCUGUUUUUUUGUUAAUUACUGUGUUCACUAUUGAUACAAACCCAUCACACACAAGCAGCCAUUUUUAAAUUGUUGCACAUGGGUACUUAAGAUAGGUUUUAUGAAAUGAAAACAUUCUUUACAGUGUUACCAGAAUCAAUGCUCUGUUUAUUAAACAAAAAAAACCCUUGCUUAGUAAAAUAUUUUAUUUUGUUUGUAUGUAUGUAGUGUUUUGUACAAUACCACGAAAUGCUAAUGCAAUUAACUCAAUUUAGGGCAUUAAAUAUCAUGUACUUCAUAGUUCAAGAGACUGUUCCAUUCAAAUAGGGCAAUUAGUACGACUCUAUCUAGCUGUGUAAGUGUUUUUUAAUCACAGAAGACUCUUUUAUACUGAAAGUAGAGGGAACUUGUUAAACAAAUUUCUAAAAAAUAAUGUACAUAGUACUGGAAACUAUUUGUGGUAAGGAAAUAAUGUUCUUUACUUCACUUGCAUUUCUCACUGACAAUAAAAUGGUGCAUCCAUGCUACCUCCAGCUUUGUCAGCAGUAAUGGGAUUUCCCCUUUCCAUUUGUUGCAUCAGACACUCACAGUUUUCUUUAUUGUUAAUCACCUAUUUGUUAACAAGCCUUUUUAUGCUUUGCUUACGUAUGAGUUGCUUACAGGACAUUUUUGCUGCCUCUUUUAUUUAAUACUGUAGAAAUGUACUAAGAAGCAUUGCUCACUACAUGACUUAGCCUAGACGUAUCAUUUUACAGUUGUUUAAAGAAAUCAUAACACCAUUGGACAAAAAAUAAGUUUCUACAUAUGAAGAGAAUGUUUACAAUUUGAAUUUUAGAACUUGUUUUGGAUGUAAUUAUAUGUAUGAAAAUUGUAACACUAUGCUCAUGCUAAGGACCUAUUUACAGAAUUAUUGAAAUAAAUGUGCUGUGAGGAUGGAAAAAUAUGGUGCAGGUGUCUUGGUCACAAUAAGUAUUGGCUGUUGACAAAAAUGAAACGUCACAUUUCCACAAAUAAGCAAAUUCCUCUUUUGAAAACUGGUUCUGUAAUGCAAGUAAUGUUUCAUUUUAUUCAUGUAGGGUGACUAAUACUGUAGUUAAGCCAAGGAAAAGCAUUGAUAUUGUUUUGCGUGUAAAUAAAGUUAUAAAAGCAGUUGAGAUGUGAGGAGUAUUUUGGUGGAGAAUAUACAUACCUCACAGCCAGUGAAAUUGCUUUCCUCAUGGUAUAUCUCCUUACCAAGAAUAUAUCUCUCUAAAUAAAAAAGGUUACAAGAAAACAUUAAAUGUCUGUAAUGUGAACUGUUAUUUUACAUUAUGUGUGAGAUACAAAGUUGACUUGCCUCUUUUGAGUUUUAAAUCUCAAAAAGAAUUUCAAGCAAAAUAACUGAUCAAAAUAUGAUAGUAUUUCACAGGUGAAAUAUACUUGACUUAAUUAUAUACAAACUUAUAUAAUUUUAUGUGCAUGUGUAGAAAGGAAAGAGAUUAAUAUCAGGAUCUUCUUUACUGUGCAUGAUUGGUAUAACUUGCCAAAAAGUCUUAUACUUUAGCAAAUUUAAACCUCAGCUGCACCCAUGGAUUCCUAUAUGGAAGGAAAUGUUUACCUGCCCCAAACCAGCUGGUCAUCAGUGUUUGCAGAGAGCUCUGCAUUGCACUUUGAAGCCCUGACAAUCAGUUGAUAGUUGGUGGUUCAAAGCACCUUGCAAAGAGCUUUGCAGAUGUGCCAAUGAGCUGAUCAGUUGUGCCUGCAAACACCUUUUUGGCCAAGCCGGGACUUUACCUGUAGGGCAGGUGAGUAUGGUUUGGUCAAAAUAGCCUAGCAGACCAAAUUGGGAGGCCUGGUGGGCUUAAUUAGGCCUGUGGGCUGGAGGUUCCCCGCUUCUGUUC